AUCAGAUUCAGCAGGAGCGCAGAACAGUAAAAACAUGGAGCCAACAUGGCAGAACGUAGUUAGCAGUAGCGAAUAGCUUACACGGUGGGGGAUUGAACAUGUAAGUUUACGACUUGUACAGCAUGUAGGCCUACUUUCAUGUUUUAUGUCCACCUCAAAUAAUCAGUAACGUUACGCUACCUCAAAAUGACAGCGUCAUUGUCAACUUGGCCGGAGAAAAUGCUCCAACUGCUUCGCCGAAUGAACAACUUUCACUUACCAGGAUCAACUUUGAACAGCUGUAUGCGAUUUGAAGUGGAAGGGGAACAAGUCGGGUGGGUGCAGCCGAAAAUAGCUUCCAUCUUGAGCCGUUUUCCCGAUGUGUUUACAUCUCAUAGUGGCGCUAUCUCUGUUCACUCCUCUCUCGACUCGUACGCAAAGAGGUCAGAGGCCGUUGACCAGGUUUUGCAAGAACUGAGGAAAGAUGAGUCACUUACAUGCCUGAAAGGCUGGAGAAACGAGAAAUAUUCUGUCAUGCCGAGAUUCUGUGACACUCCUCUGAUGUGCAUGGAGAGGUCAGCCACAAGUCUGUUUGGAGUGAAGCGCUAUGGGGUUCACCUCAAUGGAUACAGUUGGGAUGACAGUGGAAGGCUCUGCAUGUGGUUGGGCCGGCGCUCACCAACAAAGCAGACGUACCCAGGGAGACUGGAUAACCUGGCGGCAGGAGGCCUGGCUGCAGGCUGUGGAGUCAAACAUACAAUGGUGAAGGAGUGUGAAGAGGAGGCUUGCAUCCCAGCGAGCAUUGCAGAGAAAGCACGUCCUGUUGGUACUGUGAGCUAUACCUAUGAGGACCAUGAAGGUGUGUUUCCUGAGUGCCAGUUUGUGUUUGACCUGGAGCUUCCUCUUGACUUCAGGCCUCAGAUUGGGGAUGGGGAAGUGCAAAACUUCUACUUCUACCCCAUAGAGAAGGUUAAAGAGCUUCUGGUCGCUGAUGAAUUCAAACCAAACUGUGCCAUGGUGGUACUUGACUUUCUGAUCAGACACUCCGUCAUACAGCCAGAUACAGAGCCUUACUACCACGAGUUUGUCGCUGGAUUGCACAGGACCGUGUGAAAGACAUGACUCCACAUUAGGGAUUCUCAGUCCCCCUACAGACAUAUAAUAACUGGAGUGUGUAUUUUGGUGGGCGAAUCAGCUUUUUGAACCAUGCCAGUUUCUGGUUAUGCUAAUGAUGCUAAAAAUGUCAGUCAAUUUCCACUUCAUAUGCCAACUCCAGUAUUUGUUUUGGAUAUCAUUUAGCUGCAGAGAGGGUAACCUACUCAUAGUUGGUCCCAUGCAUCUGAUAUGUGCUCCCUUUUGUGAAUUGUUCCACUUAGGUGAGAUGUUAUGGGGCCUAAACCUCAUUGCCAUUGUAACAUCCUGUAAGCAUGGCUAAUUGAUGAAGUGGGUUCUCCUGUGGAUCUCCUGUGUAACUUUGAAUGCUGGGCAUUUCCGUACCUCAGAAACAAUAAAUGUUUUACACCAGG